AUGGAUUCACAAGAGCCAGCAAAAAAAUGGAAAGAUAAAGGUGAUUUAAAAAAUAUUAAAAUAAAUUUUAUCGCUGAAUGUAACUGCAGCUGUCUUCUUUUACAGACUGAACGAGAACAACCUCCAUUGCCAGAACGUGUGUUCUACAAAAACUUUGAAGACAUCAAGAAAGAUUUAAAUAAAAUUCAAGCACCAUGGAUAAUCAAAGUAAACACUCCAGCAAAUGUUCAGAUUGGGGUUUCAUCAGAGACCGAAUAUGUAUGGAAAAUUAUUGUCGAGUUGAGAGCCGAAAACAACACACAAGCUUAUGUGAAGGUUCUUGGGGUGCCUGCUCCACGCUUGACGACAGACCUGGAGUCAAAAAGGCUAAGUACAUUUCUGCAGGAGCUGCAGGUCAUGUCGAUUUGCACUGGGGUAACUGAAAGUUCACUGCAAGAAUAUGCUGCCCUACCUGAUGGGCAAACACAAUUUUAUCGUCACAUUCAGUACACAACAGUUAAUGAUGUGGUGUGCCAUAUAUCAUCAGUCAGAUCAGUUCAGUGCUGGCUUCUGCUCCCCAGCAAUUCUUCAACUUAUUGCAUGGUUUGUCAUCAAAUUGAACAUGCACUACUUGAGAAAAAGAAGCGUAAAGAGUCAAGAAUAUUACAGCCUGUAAAACCAAAUGACCCACUUCACUGCCUGGACAUUGAUCAGCUGAAGACCCUCUUUAAAGAAGAACGCAAGGAAAAGAUACGUUUAGAAAAAGCAGCUUCAAAUUAG